AUGCCGCAGGGGCGCCGACUCGCCCAAGUCUCCUCCAGGCCGGACUGGCCUGGGCUUAGCUCCCGCUGUAGCGGAGAGUGUUUUCGGCACAAGGCCAGGCAGCUGGUGUGGGUGAGUCCUGUUCUCUACUGUUUCUCAGCAGAAAAGCUGAGUAAACUGGCCCCAGAACCAGCCUCCGAGCUCAAACUGGACACUUCCUCUGUGUCCUCAUCAUCCCUCACGGGGCUCAUUUGGGCAGCCAACAGAAGGGUGGUCCCUCUUGUCACCCCUGAGGCUGGCUGUGCCCGAGAGUGCUUAGACUGGAAGCCUGUCAUUGGGCCGGGCUGGAGUGGAGGACCCUGUCCUGGCUGUGACCUAGCCAUCUGCAGCCUUAUGGCUGUAGCAGAAACUGAGAGGGUGGGGCCCCCUCACUCCUCCACUGAGCUCAUCCUGGGCCACCGUGAUUUUAUGCCACAUGAGGUUUUUCAUCUGAAGAAAUCACUGUUACCCGCCUGGCCCCAGCCCCAGGGGGCUGAGGAGGAGGAGGAAGUGGUAGGAGGGGAAAAGAGAGGGGCCAGGGCUGGGGACCAGAGCAUCUUGACAUCCCCAGUCCCACCCAGAGGCCACAGCAAAGCCAUAGUGGUGCCUGAGCUCUGCAGGACGACGGGUCUGCCUGGCUCUUUGAGAACUUCGGGCUUCCUGGUGAUCACAAUGGGUCUGGGGACCCCGGCUGGAGGCUACCCGGUGCUCUGGGUGACUGUUAUCUGCUCCUGGAUGGUGGACCCGGGGGCAUCUGUGGGAGCAGAGACGGGCAGUCAAGCUCAAGAAUGCUCUCCUGGAGGUCACCAGAUCCUAAAGAACCCUCGGAGGAGUGUGCACUUUGACCCAUCACAAAGGCAGCAGCCAGUGGAGCUGAUCUGUGACCAUUCCCUCCGCCCAGGAUGGUACCGCUUCCUGAUCUCAGACAGACCUGCAGAGAUGCCAACCACAUGUGUGGAGGUGAACCGCUGUGGUACCCAGGUCCCGCUCUGGUUAUCCCUGAGAGAAGGUGAGGUCUUGCCGCUGCCAGGGGAAGUUGUGCAGUUGACAGCCUGUGCCUCCUGGGAGUUCUUCGGUGCUGCCAAGGACUGUUGCCUGUUCCGGAUUCCUGUGACCGUGAGGAACUGCAGUCCCUUCCUGGUCUACUUUCUGCAGCCAACCCAGGGCUGCAUGGGGUACUGUGCAGAAGCUAUUUCUGCCCCAACAUCACCAACGUGUGGCCCUGAUGAAGCAGAUGCUGGCGGUGCCUGUCAAGGUCCUCCUGCUGCCCCAUCACCACCCUCCCCUCCAGAAAUUGAGAUCAAGUUGAUUGCAACCAAGAUCUUUCUCCAGUGCACCUUUGAGGCGUCCCCCACAAGCGGCUCCCUGGGAUUCCUUGUUGCUUGGUCCAGACUUUCCUCUGGAGGACUCAGAGAGGAGCUGAAGCAGGAAACCACAGUUGAGGAGUCCUCCCUUUUAGAACUUGAUGGCAUAAACCUUAGACUUGGAGAUAGGAUUUUCUGCAGCGCAUCUGCCUUUUCCCGGGAAGACCCAGGCAUGCAAAGUGUGGUUGUUGAGAGUAAAGAAUUCUUUGCUGGCAUCAAGCUCCAGCCAGAGGUAAGCACUAUCUCUGAAGAUGGGCAAGAGUACCGGCUGAGGAUACAGAGCACAGUUCCCAUCCUUUGUCCUGAGCUCAGCCAAGGGUGCAAAGUGGCAUUGACAUUGAAAACCAUUGACCAGGGUAGCGAACAACAAGGUUACAAUUUGGCUCUUUCUCAUUGUCACGUGGACCUUCCCGAGACAUCAUCCUGUGAGAAUGGAACAUGCAGCCAGGCGGUUAUUUAUUUCACAGCAAUAAUAGACUUUUCACGGGAUGGAGACAGAGUUACUGAAAUUGUUGUGGAACCCAUUGUCAGUGUGAAUUUCCUGUGGAGCAGCUACAUUCCUGAAAGUGUACAGAUCAAAGUAAAGGACCUGCCCACAGCCAAUUGCUAUUCCUUUACUGACCCUCAUAUCAUUACAUUGGAUGGGAGGCAUUACGAGCACUUCAGGACCGGAACCUUUGUGCUCUACAAGAGCCUGUCACGGGACUUUGAAGUCCACGUUCGCCAGUGGGACUGUGGGAAUGUCCACUAUCCAGGGUCCUGUAACUGCGGCUUUGUGGCCAAAGAAGGAGGUGACGUGGUUGCGCUGGACAUGUGCAGUGACCAGCUCCACAAGUCACAGCCCUAUUUAUUUGUGAAGAGCAGAGAUCCCAGCAGCCAUCUCAAGAUCAGGGAGUCUUAUUUAGGAAGAAAAGUCACGAUCAUUUUUUCUUCCGGAGCUUUCAUCCGAGCUGAUCUUAGUGAAUGGGGCAUGAGUUUGACCAUCCAGUCUCCUGGCUCAGAUUACAAAAACACCCGGGGACUUUGCGGCACCUUUGAUGAAGACCCAGAGAACGACUUCCACGACAAACGUGGCACUGCGAUCAAGGACCAUUCCAACCCGUACCUGGUUUUUAGUAAUGAGUGGAGGAUAUCACCAGGACAGAGCAUGUUUGAUAAAUUUCCAGUUUCUUUCAAAUCUCCUGGAAAAAUCUCCUACUGCAGCUGUGCAGAAGACAAUGCUGGAUCCCAAUCUGUCAAUACUCUGGAGAGUAACUCCCAAUCAGAAAUCAUCUCAGGCUGCCAUGACAGUGAACAUGGCAGACGUACUUCUUUGAUACCAGAACUAGACAUCACUAUAGAGCAUAGCAAUGCUGAGGACCUGAACAGAAGCUUAAAGAAGCAUUCAGUGAGAGAAGAAAAAAAUCCAGGUUCCUUUUCUUCAAGUCAAGAAAAAGAUGUUAAUCUAACAAAAGUAGAUUCAGAAGCACCCAUUCGUCACAACAGCAACAAAGUGCCUUUGGAAAUCACGAGACGUGUGCAGAAUUGGGACCACCAUCCCCAAGAAAGACAACCUGUCCAAAACAGGCAGAAAAGACAACAUUUGCAUGAAUAUCCUCCCACCUUUUCUUUCCUAAAUCUCAGCCCUGCUGACCUGGAAGGAUUAAGCUAUUUUUUUCCUGAGGACCAUGUUGCCUACGUACACCAAGAGUUUGUACUGUCAUGGCCCACACCUUCUGGGCUGAAGGAAGCCCAUGUGUUGGAAGUCUGCCACCAUACCCUGGCUAACUCAAGCAUUGCAAGGUCCUGUGCCGAGUUUCUCGGUGAGAGAAUAGACAGUGUGGUUGAGAUUUGUGUGAAGGAUGUGCUGUUGAAAGAUGACCUGAGCUGGGCAGAAGCAGGUUUGGCCCUCUUAGAAAAUGAAUGUGAAAAGAGAAUUUUGGAAGAAGGAAAGUACAGCAAAGAUUAUGGUCCGCACAUUGAAGAGAUUCUCCUAGUGCUGAAAUGUCCCAAUUUCUGUAGUGGACACGGAGAGUGUACGGACUGGGGCUGUGAGUGUCUACAAGGCUUUACUUCCUAUGAUUGCAGAGUCUCGUCUGACCAGGCUCCAGAAAUUACAGAGCUUGAGAAUGCUGGCUUAUGUGACAUCCACCCCAAUGGCUGCACAACGGUGAGAGUUUUGGGUCACGGAUUCAGAGAGUCACCAACAAUGAAAUGUGAAAUAACCCAACAGCAGUAUAAUAGUAGCCAAGGCAUCCUGGUAGCCCCCGUAUACACAGAGGUCAUCUUUCAAAACAGCACAAUGGUCACUUGCCUGCUGCCUGCCCAUGUCCAGACGUUACCCACAAUGCAUCUGAGGGGGGAUGGGCUAACUGCAAAGUGGCAAAUCAAGGUUUCUAAUGAUGGCUCUCGCUUCAGUAACCCCCAGAUUCUGAUGAUCUAUGAUGGUUCCUGUCAGACGUGUGAGCCCCAUUCCGAGGGACACUGCACAUUAAAGGAAAAGCAUUGCUACCUGGAUGGCGUCUGCUAUGGAGACGGGGAGCCCAGCCCGACGAGCCCUUGCCUGCUCUGCAGAAGUGGCCUUUCCCAAAGGACUUGGUCAGUCUCUGAAGACAACCGACCCCCAGAGUUCCAGGAACCACAGGAAAGGCUGCAGACGUCUUAUGGGGAAAUCUUUGUGUACCCAUUGGUGGCCUUGGACCCAGAAGGCUCUGCCGUCUUCUUCAGCCUGACCUCGGGCCCGGAGGGAGCGAGUGUCUCUCCUGGGGGCGUCCUGCGAUGGAAAGUGCUGUCCUGGAGCGCACAGACGUUUACCAUCAGCGCCGUGGAUGACUGCAAGGCCGAGGCCAGAGUGACCAUGGAGGUGUUUGUGAAGCCCUGUGAUUGCCUGAAUGGAGGGUCCUGUGUGCCCUGGGGUGACAUCUCCCUAGGAGACAGGCCACACUGGUGUUCUUGCCCGCCUGGGUUUGAAGGUACCCGGUGUGACGUGGACAUCGAUGAGUGUGAGCCUCACCCCUGUGGUCCUGGCCGAUGCAGGGACAUGGCUGGGAAUUACUCCUGUGAAUGCCCAGGAGAGAGCAUGACGGAGGGGUCUGCCACAGGUGCCACAGGAAGGCCCAGCGGUAGCAGCAGCAAGGCAGAUGGUGAUGUGUCUUCUGCGGGAGGUCAGGGGGGUGAAGAGAACCCUCUUCACGUGUUGGAAGGGGAAUCUCAGACUCAGAACCAGGAGCAGGGGCGGAAGAUGCCACGGGGCAGGUGGAGGUUUCAGGGACUCUUGGCCAUGAGAGCCAUCCCUGAGUGGAGCGGGUGGUCUUCAGAGGCGGUGGGCGCCCUCUGCUCUGGGCUUCCAAGCAGGGGCUGCAUGAACACGAUGCCAGUGACCAUCCAGACGAGUCCAGAGCUGUUGAUGUGUGUAGAGAAGCGGCAAGUCCCGAUCCCCCAGGAAAGGGGCCGGCGAGGCAAAGAUGACAAUUCAGUCAGCACGAAUUGUCAGGAAGAUGCGGACGAAUGCGGAUUCAGCCCCCGGGUCCCCGGAGGACGCUGCGUCAACGUUUCUGGUUCCUAUCGCUGUGACCCGUGUCCCAAAGACCUGCACGGCGCUGGGGAAGCAGGCCUGGGUAAAACCCUCCAUUUUAACACUGCUCUCCCCACGGACCGGCCGGGUGAAGCCACAUUGACCGGUGAGCUGCCCUCCCACCCCGCGGUCCCCAAGGACUCUGAAGAGAAGGAGUCCAAAGAAGGGCAGAAAGAAGUGACCGGAAAGCGCCCGGCUGACGCGGGCACUGACGCAGCAGCUCAGCGACUGUCCCCCGAGCAGCCCCAGGCACCCGGUGCCACAGACUUCGCUCCUGUCCCACCAUCUGCUGAGGAACCCGUGGCCGUGGCAAGCCGCCCUUCGGGGGGCCUUCAGGAUCAGUCCUUUGUGACUCUGAAGGCUGCCCGGCCCUCAGUGAGCACAGCUGCAGAUCCCACCCCGCUUGCCAGCCUGGCCCUGAGCCCAACGCCCGCUGAGGAUGGUGGCGCUCUGAGAACAGGCCCAGACCCUUCCCCGGGCAGAGCGAGCCCCAUCCAAACUCAGCCUGGACGCUCCAGCUCUCCGGCUUCCUGGCCUUCAGGCAGCCUCCAGAGGGCGUUUUUGGGGGCCGGCAUGAUCUCCACGCCAGCAGUCAUGCCCACGAGUGGCCAGAGCUCCACUAGCCUGGGCCCAGCCAAGCUGUUCACCUGUGCCAACUCCCCCUGCUUUCGGGGCGUGUCCUGUGCACCAGCCCCCGAUGGAAGCUUCCGGUGUGGCCGCUGCCCCUUCGGUUACUAUGGAGAUGGGGUGGCCUGCAAAGCCACCUGCAGGCACCCCUGUGGCAGGAGCAUGGAGUGCGUCAGGCCCAAUGUCUGCAGGUGCAAAACUGGCUUUUCUGGCCCCAGCUGCCAGACAGCUCUGUGUCACCCCAGCUGUAAGAACAAUGGGAAAUGUGUCAAGCCCGGGCUCUGCCAGUGUCUUCCAGGCCUUGGUGGAGUGACUUGUGAGGAAGCUCACUGCAGCCCCCCUUGUCAGCAUGGUGGGACAUGCUUGGCUCGAAAUCUCUGCACGUGUCCCUACGGCUUUGUAGGACCAAGGUGUGAGACAAUGGUCUGUCACAGGCACUGUGAGCACGGAGGGCGGUGCCUCACCCCAGAUGUCUGCCAGUGUCCCCAUGGAUGGUUCGGCCCGACCUGUGCUACAGCCUUGUGUGAGCCAGUGUGCCUCAACGGCGGCAUCUGCCACAAGCCAAGCACCUGCCUCUGCCCACCCGGAUUCUUUGGUUUGAGGUGUCAGAACACAAUCUGCAGUCCUCCCUGUAAAAAUGGCGGCCACUGCAUGAGAAAUAACAUCUGCUCGUGCCCUGAAGGGUUCACCGGACAGAGAUGCCAGAAAAGCAUGUGUGAACCUGCAUGCAUGAACGGAGGCAGGUGUGUGAGGCCCAACGUCUGCUCCUGUCCAUCCGGGUGGCGAGGGAGGAGAUGCAGCUCACGUAAGAGGGGCCCUUUGGGGACUCCUUCUAGAACCCAAAGGAGCAUUCCCUUCACCGCUUAUCUAGUGCGCACAGUGGCACCAUUACCAGAAAUGGGGAGCCAUGUCCUCUCUCCCCUAAAAGUGGGGCAACCUCUGGGGGUGGCUCCACCUUGGGCUGUCCUCGAGCCCUCCACAGACCGAUAG